AUGGCUUAUGGCCUGAAUGUGACACUGAGCGAGCUGCCAGGUGGAUGUCCUUCCUUGGAAAGGUCACUGAAUGCAGACCAUGACGAAUAUGACUACUGGUUCUCGAGUUCUGACGCGGAGAACGAGCCUCUUAUUAAGGAUCCCAUCCAAUAUUGUGCCGCCUAUAUCCCAGUACGAGUUGGGGAUCUCGACACGCGUAUGCAGUUCAACUACUUCAAUUCAACGCUAUCAAUUCAAUUUGGGGAUGUGGUGGAUCAACUCCACGGGCCAAAUGCUGAGUAA